AUGCGGAGCCGAGGCAGUGGAUCUCCCCGCACGCCCACCUCGACCACCCACCUCCUCUCCAACGCGGUGAUUGUGUUCAUCCGAGCAUUCACGAUGCUCAUCAUCGGGCUCACGGGGUCCAUCGCGACGGGCAAGUCGACCGUGUCGUCACUGCUCUCGACCCCACCAUACUCGCUCCCGAUCAUCGACGCCGACCUUCUUGCGCGCAAGGUCGUCGAACCAGGCACCGCAGGCUACAAAGCAAUCGUGAACUACUUCGGGCCUAGCACACCAGAUCUCUUACUCGAGGAUGCACCAGAUAGCACCAGCACACAGGGCAAAGCCCUCAACCGCCCCGCGCUGGGCCGGCGAGUCUUCGGGACCAGCGACGAGCGCAAACGUGAUCGGCAGGUACUGAACGGGAUCGUGCAUCCGGCUGUGCGGUGGGAGGUCUACAAGGCACUGAUGUAUCACUACGUGCGCGGGCAGUGGGCGGUGGUGCUGGACGUGCCGCUACUAUUCGAGAGCGGCAUGGAUCUGAUCUGCGGCACGGUGAUUGUGGUCGGGGUCCACGACCCGGCCGUGCAGAUGGCGCGCCUACGCGCCCGCGACGCCCACCUCUCAGCCGAAGACGCCGAGAACCGCGUACGCAGCCAGGGCGAUGUACGCUCCAAGGCUGCUCAGGCCGAAUUCCGUGGCACAGCUACUGCGCGUGGUGUCGUCGUUUGGAAUGACGCUGAUAGGUUGGAGCUGGAGCGCGCUGUCAAAGGCGCUAUGGCUAGUAUCUCUGCGUCGAGUCCCCGCUGGUGGGCAUGGACGCUGCUGAUUGCGCCCCCGGUGGGCGUGGGUGUUGCCGCGUGGAAUGUGAUUGUGAACUUCGCUACCCAGAAGGGAUGGGAGAAGAAGAAACAGGAGAAAAAGGCACGACUGUGA